UGUCAAAAUACGCUGAAGGACUGGCGAGUAAUAAUGUUGUCUUUUGGAGAUGAUACGCUCUUUGCUGAUAUAAAUAUUGAAAAAAACAGCAGGGUUUUGCGAGAACGAGAUGGAAAUGAAGACUCGCGGAAGGAAAAUAACUGCCAUGUGGGUGAAAUUGACAAGGACACGUCGAAAUUGUCACAUAUAAAACUAAGUGAAUCUUUCGUAAAAUAUUUCGAAGAUAGCAUCACAUUUUCUAAAAUUAACGGGAGCAAGAACGCAUCCUCGGCAUCGAGUAUUUCGAAAGGAGAUACGAUUCUGUCAUCUCGAAGCCCGCGUGGAAACAAAGGGAGUUUUAAGAUGACCAACUCCAGGGAGAAGCACCUAUGUGGUGUUGUUAACAGUGGGAAGAAAAGCGAUAAAUCUGUACAAAAUCUCUGUAAAAAUGGAUCUCAUGAUAACGUGUGCGAUAAUGUAGUAAGUGGUAGCAGCGUUGAAAUGUCAGCAAGCAUUGAUACCACAUGCGAUAGAGAAAUCUCGAAUAUUAUUCUAUCACGAGCUCUUUGCACCCAGGAAAGAUGUAAACUGGCAUCGUGGGGCUUACCGUCAAAUAUUCUUCAAAAAUACAUCGCUCGUGGAGUAGACCGCAUGUUUGAAUGGCAGAUGGAAUGUUUAUCAAAUCAUCAAGUAAUGCAAGAGAGGAAGAAUCUUGUAUAUUCCGCGCCUACAUCUGCUGGAAAGACCCUUGUUGCUGAAAUCCUGUUGAUUAAAACUAUUUUAGAGAGAAAAAAGAAAGUGAUUUUCAUCUUGCCAUUUGUUUCUGUUGUUAGAGAAAAAAUGUAUUACUUUCAAGAUUUACUGUCUGAUAUUGGAAUAAGAGUAGAAGGAUUUAUGGGAGGAAAUGUACCACAUGGUGGAUUUGCUGCCACUCAUGUUGCGAUAGCCACUAUAGAGAAAGCGAAUUCGCUCGUGAAUCAUUUGAUGGAGGAGAACGAUUUAAGUAGUUUAGGAGCUGUGAUAAUAGACGAAUUGCAUCUCCUGGGUGAUCCUAAUCGUGGUUAUCUUUUGGAAUUACUUUUGACAAAGUUGAAAUACAUGACUGUUCGUAACGACGACAUCAACAUACAACUGAUAGGUAUGUCGGCUACUUUACCAAAUUUAGUUCUAUUAGCCAAAUGGCUAAAUGCUGAAUUGUACAAUACUGAAUUUCGUCCCAUUCCUUUAAAUGAAUAUUGCAAGAUAGGAGACAGUAUAUAUGACAACAAAUUAAACCUUGUCAGAAAAUUAACAGAAUUACCGGAACUGGAACAAGAUGUGGAUAAUAUUCUGCAACUUUGCAUUGAAACGAUAAAGUCCAGUCAUAGUGUGUUGAUUUUCUGUCCUACAAAGAAAUGGUGUGAGAAAUUAGCAGAGCAAAUUGCUGCAGCUUUCUACAAAUUAGGUUGUAAAAAUACAGUGCUCGGAGAGAUGUUACGAAAAGAGAUCAACAAUGUAUUAAUUCAAGAAACUCUGGAGCAAUUAAAGCGCAGCCCAAGUGGCCUGGAUAACAUUUUAAAGAACACGAUUUCGUUCGGCAUUGCAUUUCAUCAUGCUGGACUCACGAUGGAUGAACGCGACAUCAUAGAAGGAUCUUUUAGAACGGGGUCCUUGAGAGUCCUUAUAGCAACGUCGACAUUAAGCAGUGGAGUGAACUUACCUGCACGAAGAGUAAUCAUAAGAUCACCUCUGUUUGGUAACACCCCAUUGAAUACUUUAACUUACAAACAAAUGAUAGGACGUGCUGGCCGUAUGGGAAAAGAUAGUGCAGGAGAAAGUAUAUUAAUAUGCAAACCAACUGAACGUAAUACAGCUUCAUCCUUACUCUCUGCAACUCUGGAUCCAAUUGAAUCUUGUCUUAACGAUUUCACGUUAUUAAUAAGGGCGCUCUUGGAAGCAGUGGCUAGCGAAGUUUUAUAUACAUUGGAAGAUUUAAAACUGUAUAUCAAUUGUACUUUGCUGAGCUUGAGCGAACCAUCUGAUAUACAAACUUUUUCCGACGAAGCAAUAAAGUUCUUAUUGGAUAAUGAAUUUUUAUUAUUACAAACCACGGAACGAGAAACCAGGUGGGUAGCAACACCGCUUGGAAAAGCGUGUCUGGCCGCAUCUAUACCUCCCAGAGAAGGAUUGUUCCUCUUCGAGGAAUUACAGAAAGCAAGAAGGUGUUUCGUUUUGGAUACAGAAUUACAUGUAAUAUAUUUAGUGACUCCACUCUCUGCUGGAUGUCAGAUUGGAACAGUCGAUUGGAUGGUAUUUCAUGAAUUAUGGAACACCAUGUCGGAAAGCGAGCGCAGAGUUGGAAAACUCAUUGGAGUGGAAGAACGUUUCGUCAUGUCAGCUAUUAAAGGAGUCAUUAAACCUGGAAAAUCGUUAAAUAUACAUAGAAGAUUCUACAGUGCAUUGGCGUUGCAUGAUUUAGUUAAGGAAGUUCCACUUCAUGUAGUUUGCAAAAAAUAUGGAUGUUGUCGAGGAGUUUUGCAGACCUUACAACAGUCUGCUUCUACAUAUGCAGGUAUGGUCACGCAAUUUUGCAAGCAAUUGGGCUGGGAUUGCAUGGAAUUAUUAGUGAGUCAAUUUCAAACGAGAUUGCAAUUUGGCGUCUGUAGAGAAUUGUUAGAUUUAUUGCGCCUGCCAAUGUUAAACGGCUUGCGAGCAAGAAGUCUGUAUAAACAAGGAAUAACAUGCGUAGCGGACUUGGCUGUUGCUAAUGAACUUAAUGUCGAACGCGCGCUUUACAAAGCUCUUCCUUUCGAAAGUGAAAAAGAAUAUGAAGGAGAAUAUGCGUUUGAUGCAGAAAAAAGAAAUAAAAUGAGGACAGUGUUUGUCACUGGAAGAGAUGGUCUCACACCACAACAAGCUGCAGUUUUAUUAGUUCAAGAAGCAAGGAUAUUAGUUCAGAAAGAAUUGGGACUCGAGCAACUACCAUGGGAGCAAAAUGAGCAGCAAUCUCUGCAGAUAAAUACGCAUUUAGAAGUUAAAGCUACACCCGACACAACAGAAGAAAUUACGAGAGAAUUAGAUGCAAAAAAUUCAAAAUCUAUAGAAACGUUCAUAGACUCCAAAUACGAAAAACCUGCAAGUGACGAAAAUCAAAGGGAUGAUAAUUCAAAACUUAAUAUCUUCAAAGAAACUGAUGAAAGUAAUAUGCCUGACAAAAGAAAAACGAUUCAAUCGAACAAUCAGCAUUUAAAUGGAGCAAUUUUAUCACAAAAAAUCUCGAAAGAUGAAAAAGAUUCUGUUUCUCUCGACAUAAACAUUUCCGAUGUAGUACUUAACGAUGAACGAUUAAAUAUUUCUGAUAUAGUAACUAAUCAUGAAGGACCAAAUACUUGUAAAGGAAAGAAAAAUUCUCUCACAACCGAUAGUAGCAGCAAGAUCAAGAGAAGAAGCAAUAAUACAGAAGAAUCCAAGCAGCAUGUUGAUGAUAUACCUAAUAAGAAGUCAAAGACUUUUAACGUGGAUGAAGUAAAAAGUAAUGGCGAGAAUUUGAUAGAGAAAAACGCAACAGAAUCCAGUAUAAAUAAAGACAUUAAAUCGCCGUAUUCAAGGAGUCCGAGUUUGUUCGACGAUAGUUUAAAUCUCGACACCCAAACCUGCGAUCUUCUCGAGCAAAACAUCAUGGAUAUCGCAUACAUAUCGGAAUUAGAUUCUAAAUUGUUCGCAAGCGAUUUGGAUUUGAAAAAAUCCAGUUCAGAAGUCGGCGAGAAACAAUUGCGAGCGAAAACUGACGAAAAUAAUGUAAACAAGCUCCUGCAAACUAGAGACAGCGUGUUAUCCUGGGGCGACGAUUCAUGGAAUAAUUCCGAAAAAGUGUUCAAGCAAAUAAUCCAAGUGGCUAGUGAUCAAAGUAGCAAGAAGGAAAUAUCUGCUGCGGCAAAAAUUAAAAAUAUCACAGAUACAAAUGUAUCCGUCACACCAAAAAGUACAAAAACUUGCGUGUCAAACGGUGAUAAAGAAAGCCUGCGUAAAACAAACCUUAUUAAAAAACGUACUGCUUUAAUUGAAGAAAAGGUGGAACCGUGGAAACCCAAAUUGCCUAAAGUGGCGAAAGUGGAGUCUCCCAUAACAAGCAUAAUCAUUAACGAGAGAAAGAUGUCCGUGGAGUCGAACAAAUCCGAUUCGGAUGACAUCAUCGUCGGCUCGCAACAAAUCGAGUCCCCUCUCUGCGAUAGUAAAAAUCGAACAAGAACAAAAUUGGAAAAAAUACGUAAAUUGCGCUCCCAGAAAAUGACUGAGGAUACGUUAACGGAGAUAAAUGAUCGUUCGAACUCUACUGUAAACGGGGUGUCGAAUGACAAACCGGAUGAUCAAACGAAGCCGAAAUUGAAAGAAACUUUGGAACAAAAUUUCUCUCCGAAUUGCAGCGCAGAUAGCAUUGUGUAUAAUUCGGAAGAUGAGACGACACUGAAAUCUGUUUCGAGGACGAAGCAGGAGACGCAAUCGAGGCUGAACAAAAACGUAAAAUCCGAGAUAGAAGCCGCGGAAGAUUUGCCAAACGAAACGAUAAAUUGGAACGUAUUGAAUAUCGUGAAAGUCGCGGACAAUAGAGCGACUUUUAAUCUGUUCAAACGAGUUGUGUUGAAAAAGCGAAACAUCGCGUUAGCCCUGCAUUGCGAUACAUUCGUGGACAAUGCAAAUAGUAUAGGUUCGAAAAUUUGCGUUUCGUCCUCCAACGCAGAGGGAAAACGAAAGUCUAGAAAAUCUGCGAAUUAUGCUCACGGAAAGCUGGAAAUUCGCGGUGCCGCGAUAUCCUGGGAAAGCAAUAUUGCAUAUUACCUCUCUUUUAGUAAUUUAUCAGUCUCCAGAAAAGAACAAAUGACUCUAUUGAAAGAGUUAUUCGCCGAUACAGAUUUAUAUAUGAAAUGCUUUGCGACAAAAGAUAUAUAUAAAGCCUUAUAUCAGUGUUGUGGAAUCUCUGCGAAAUGUAGAUUUCUGGACCCAAUAAUUGCACAUUGGUUAUGCACUAAUGAUUGCGAGAAAUCUUUCAAUGAAAUGGUAACCCAAUACUUUCCCCAAGGAAAUUUCAUAAUGAACCGUACAAAUUGUUGUUACUGGUCGGGUCCUGGGAUGGAUGUGCACAAUUCUUUACCAGGCGAAUAUAGAUCAGCAGCAGAAGCUGUGUUAACGUGGCACAUGAUGGACAACGUCAUGAAUAAAUUAGAAGAACUUAAUCCUGCUCUACUUUACACAUUUAGAGAAGUAGAAAUGAGAACUGUAACACUUUUAGCUUGUAUGGAAUUAUCAGGCAUUAACGUAAAUAUAAAAUCGUUGGAAGAAUUGUCAUUGGUUACUUCAAACGAAAUGCAAUCUUUAGAAAAGAAAGCUUACCAUUUAGCAGGCAAAAAAUUCAAUUUUUCAUCAUCUAAGGAAGUUGGCCAGGUGUUGGGCUUAUAUAAAGAUAAGAAAGUCAGUACAAGUAAGGCCGUUUUGGAAAAAUGUGAUAAUCCAAUAUCGAAUCUGGUGAUUUCAUGGCGAAAACUGAGUGCAACAAAAACAAAAAUUAUCCAGCCAUUAUUACAUUUGGCCCAAAAGGAUCCUCGUAUUCAUGGUAAUUGCAUUACUUGUACAGUGACAGGAAGAGUUUCGAUGCACGAACCAAAUUUGCAGAAUGUACCAAAGGAUUUUGGUUUCUCAGAUAAUAAUUUCGUGCUAAGCGUAAGAAUGGCGUUCGUGCCGGCCUUGGGUAACAUAAUGCUGUCCGCUGAUUAUUGUCAACUCGAAUUACGUCUCUUGACUCACUUUUCGCAAGAUUCAAUUUUGUGCGAAAUUUUGAAACAACCGGGCGAUAUUUUUAAAAAUAUCGCUGCUAAAUGGAAUAAUGUACCAGAAGAAGAGGUGACAGUGGAGAUGCGACAGCGCACCAAACAAUUAUGCUACGGCAUGAUUUAUGGCAUGGGGGUGAAAUCCUUAGCUGAGAAUCUUUGUGUGAGUGAACCAGAAGCUCAGGAAUUUUUAGAAUCUUUUAUGAACACGUAUCCCGGUAUAUAUAAAUGGUUGGAUGAUGUAUUAGAAGAAGCGCAUCGUGAUGCAUACGUGACAACGUUAUUGGGAAGACGCAGACAGCUUCCCGAUUUAAAAAAUACAAAGUCAUCCGUAAGAGCACAAGCGGAACGACAAGCUGUAAAUACAAAGGUACAGGGUUCCGCAGCAGAUAUAGUAAAGAAAGCUAUGAUAAGUAUAGAAGAGAGAAUAAGAUGCAAAUUUCCGGAUUCGGCUAUUAUAUUUCCAGAGGUGCAGACUCGCAAACUACGAAGCAAUAGUCGAGAUAUGCAACAAAGAGGUGCUUACUUAGUUUUACAGUUGCACGAUGAAUUGUUAUACGAAGUAAAUUUAGCAGAUCUGACAGAAGUCGCUGAAAUAAUCAAAGUAUCAAUGGAAAAAGUAUGCCAACUUACUGUGCCAUUGCCAGUAAAAAUCAAAGUUGGACCUGCUUGGGGUGAUUUAACCGAUUAUUAAUUUUAGCAGAAGUUUCUAAUCUAAAAUAAUUUUUUUAAAUCGAUAUUUUUAUAUAUAGAUUUUUUUGUACAAUUGAUCAUGAUGCAGUAUUUACGAAUUAUGUUAAUAUUUAGUAGAUAUAUUUGACAUAUUUAUCUUUUAUAUUUGUGAGAAUUGUAAAUAUUCUAGAUCGUUUAUCUCAAUUUAUAUUAUUUACACGGUAUAUAUUAUUUUUA